GUGAAUCUUUCUCUCAUUGUGUGUGUACACCCCAUGUCGACUGACAUCUACUUCGCCCGAGAAUAUCACCAAAGUGAACUUCUGUCAAACAGGCACCAACAAUCCAACGUCGCAACGUCGCAACGAGAUGUAUUAUUCGAGUCCCCUAGGGCUGACUUGCAUACUGCGUACAGUUACAGUGCCGCCCUUCUCCCACCUGCACAGGGGCCUGGGCGACAUCCAACGCCGUCGCCUGAGCCGGAACAGUGGACCCAGCCCGCUCACCACGGACCGCCCCGGCUUGAGCCUUGACCCGCCCGAACCAUCCAUGUUUUUGUUUUUUUUUACCGCCC